AUGCCCAACGCCCGAGUCCUACGCGAUAUCAAAGCCCGCAAUGGUGUGAAGGCGAACGAGAUCAUCCGACGAGCCUACCUCUACGUCGCGCGUAACCAAAGCCUCCCGCCUCAGGUGCGCUACCAGGCGCAGCUCCAGCUGAACACGUUCGGGAAGUACACCCGCCCGACGACGGUGAAAAACCGGUGCAUAGAGACGGGACGUGGACGAGGCAUCAUGGGCGAGUUUGGGCUGUGCAGGUAUCAAUUCCGGCUGAAGGCACUGAAGGGGGAAAUCGCUGGCGUCAGGAAAGCCUCUUGGUAG